ACAUUUCCAUAAACUGACACUAUGAAAACAUUCUCUCAUACCAUUAUUUUAUGGUUUGUUGCAAUUGCUUGUGUCCCACAUGUAACGGCAGAUGGCGACGAAGACGACGAUGAAUGCGAACUACCUCCCGCGCAACAAAAUAUUGACUGGAGCAAGAUGACUGGAGUGUGGUACGGAAUUUUGAAUGUUAGAACUCCUUCGGACAGAGUUGUGCCAUGUUACCAAAUUCAAGAUAUUCGACCUAUAAGCAAUGGAAUCACCUCUAUUUUCAAAGACGUUGACAGAAACACAAAUGUCACCAUUGAUGCAAUAAAACAAAAUUCUGGUGGGUUCAUUUGGAAUCAAGAGCAUGUUGAAAAAUGGAUGAAAUACUUGAGAAACGAAGUCAAGCCAAGUGUUGCACCAAGUCAAGAGCUACUGGAAGAAAGCAUGGAGCUGUCCACUGAUGAGUAUCGUUACUUCACUGACUACGACAACUACACAAUGUAUUUGGUAUGCACUAAAAAAGGCAAGAAAAUGUUUUGGAUUUCAAGCCGCAUGAAGCGUCCUGAUGCAAGAGCAAUUCUUGAGAUUUUCAAUCAACUCAUCAAAUUGAAGAAUGGCUGGAACGAAGUUCCUUUGUAUUUUUCGGGAUGUGUAGACAACAAAAAUUAAAACACGACCUGCGAUAUACCAUAUUUUAUUUGAAGAAUAUCCUAAUUCUAAUUUUGUGUUUAUUAAAUAAUGGGAAAAUGAAAUCAAGAUAUGGAACGUGAAUGAAAUCAUUUAUUUGUAUUUGGAUACUUGUGCCUCACGAAGUCCCAAUUUGUCAAUUCAAUUCAUAUUACUUGAUGCAUUUGCCUCGGUAUGUGUACAGAAAAUAUGUACGAAACGAAUUUAAAAGCAAUUUAGAAGAAAUAUUCUUUGAAGUUAUGAUCUUGUUAGGAACACAACUAGUUGACGGCCGGGAAUCCAAAUAAAUCGAUCCAUACAUGCAAACACCCAUGGUUGCUAAUGUUGAUGAGUGCAAAUUCCCUGACCGCAAAUAUCUGUUGGCACAAAUUUCAAUGGGUGCAAAUGCCACGUGUGCAAAUGUCCGCGCGUGUAAUCUAUAUGCGAAUAUCAAAAUAUGCCGUUGGGAAAUAUAUUGACGAUAAAAAUGGAGGAAAAUUGUUUACGUGACUGUAA